AUGAGUGAGAGGAUAGAGACAAAUAGUAUUGUUGUCUACUCACUUAAGAGUUCAUGCAUAUGCAACCUAGAACUUUUUUGGAUCAAUUAUACUCAUACUGAAACAUUUAAUAUAGAGUAUCCCGAUAAUACCACCACCACCAUCACCACCACCUCGUACUUCUUUUUAACAUAUGUGUUAUUUAUUUGGAAGCAAAUUGAUGUAAAGCACCAACAGCAACAACAACAACAACAACAACAAGUAAGGGAUGUUCAUCGCCGCUUUUCAACACCAACAUCUUUACAUUACCACGCACCCACUAGCUACAGCUGCUGCAAUAAUCGUAAUACUACUACUACUUGUUCAACAACAGCAACAGCAACAAUAGCAACAGCAGCAGAUGAUAGUAGUAGUAGUCGUAGGUUGAUUAAUAAUAAUUAUAAUUAUUUAUCAUUAGCUAACAUUAAACAAUCUGAUUAUAUAACAACAAAGGGAGGAGCAAGAUAA